UCUUGGUUCUACACCAUAAUAAAAACCUCAUAAAACAAUCUUUAUCGAUUUGUUGCGAAUCACUAUAUACUUAUUGGAUUUUCUAUUGAAAAUAGAAUUCCCAGAACGACGAAAUUAAAAACGUCUCGGCACCGUUCUAUAAAUAAAAUUUAAUCAACAUAGCACUUACAUAAAUUUUUACUUUAGAUUAUUAUGGAUUUAAGUUGAGGACAUUCUUAAUAAUUAUUAUAUUAUGUAAUUAUUGUAAAUUGAUAGUUAAUUGUUUUUUAGGCCAUGGUAGCGUGUUAUCCAGGUUCGGGAUCGCGUUAUGUAAAACACGUGGACAAUCCAAACAGAGAUGGAAGAUGUAUAACAGCGAUAUAUUAUUUAAAUUUAAAUUGGGACGUUAAAGAUUGUGGGGGUUUGUUACGAAUAUUCCCUGAAGGUUGGAGAGGAGACAAGGUAGCCGAUAUUGAACCAUUAUUCGACAGAUUAUUAUUUUUCUGGUCAGACAGAAGAAACCCACACGAAGUUCAACCAGCUUAUCAAACGCGAUACGCAAUUACGUUAUGGUAUUUUGAUUCAAUCGAGAGGGAGGCGGCGUGUCGGAGGGUCGAUGAUUAAGCAGCCAAUUUAGCAAAGAAAGCUCAGUGUAUAUAAUUUGUACAGUCCGUUUUUAAAAAGUUCGGAGUUGAGACGAACGAUGAGCAGACUACAAUAUCAACGUAACAAAAAUUAAUACAAUGUGAUACCUGUUUGAACGCGCCGCCGCUGUAUCUAUUGUUGUAUAUAAAAUAAUACGAAAUUUGUGUAAGUACGUACUUUGACCGAAUCGUUCUUUUUUGUACGUACGUUCGAUGCGUGUGAUAAGUCGUCGAGGAGUUACUAAUUGGACCCAAAAAAAAUUAUAAUAAACGUUUUCCCCAGUCUUUUUUAUAUAUUAAACUUUGUUUUUAUACCGGAUAUUCCUCGACAUCCCUUCGUAUCUAUUUCUUUACUAAACGCCUACAAGUGUUUUCUUAUGAAAGAAGUAAAGAAAAAUACGAGUAGGUGAAACGUUAACUAUAUUUUACUACUGUAUAAAGAUUGUAUAAGCAUAAUUUUGUGCAGAUAUAUUGAAUUGUUAAAUAUUGUAUGAUAUUAUAUUGACUAAUACAUUUCUUACAUAUUUU